AUGACGUCCUCAGGAUCGGCCGAGCUGCAGAGCUUGAUCUCAGUCGUGAAAAUCAUGACAAACGCUCAAAUGAAGGAGGUUCUGAGGAGCGAGGGCCUCGCUGUUUCGGGAGUGAAGAUAUCACUACAGCUGCGCAUUAUCGAGUAUCUCGAGAGAAUAUGCCAGAAUGGUGCAUGGGAUCGCUUUGAUCGUCUUCAAAAAUACAUACUUUCUUUACCCAGUCGUUCCGUUCCUCACUCCACGUCGUACCAAUACCAGCAGUCUUACAACUCCUCGAGAUCUUCGAAUUCCAGAGAUUCGGUGAGCUCAACGAUGCCACCACAACCCUUUGCGAGCGGUCGCCUUACGUUCAAAGAGAGUCCAUUCUAUAAGAUUCUUGAGCAGCUGUCCCCGACAGUUGAAUGCAAAGUUCGAGAACAAACCAGAGAUACCGUGGAGUUGAAGUUCACUCUCAGUCCUACCACAGCCACAAGACUUCAAAAUGAUCCCAAUCUGCGCGUCAUGGUCUUUUCUGCAGCUGAUAACGGACUCACCCAGUACUCUAAAUCCGAUAUUGCCUUUCCGCAUCAAGUUGAAUUGAAAGCCAAUCUGGACGAAGUCAAGGCAAAUUUACGAGGUCUCAAAAACCGACCGGGCUCGACGAGGCCUGCUGACGUUACAAACUACAUUCGUAAGAGGGCUGGAUAUACAAAUAUUGUUUCCAUGACCUUUGCAUUGACCCAAAAGCGACAUCCUGUGGAAGAGUUGGUGACGAUGCUGAAAACACGAAAACAAAUCACAAAAGAUCAAGUACUUCGUGAAAUGCGAAGCCGAGCCCACGACGCUGACAUUGUGGCGACAUCUACUGUCAUGUCGCUAAAGUGUCCAUUAUCGACCCUUCGAAUCGAGAUUCCUUGCCGAUCAGUGACGUGCACUCAUCACCAGUGUUUCGAUGCCUCAUCCUUCCUUCAACUACAGGAGCAAGCCCCUACUUGGACAUGUCCCGUGUGCAAUAAGUUCACCGGUUUCGAGUCUCUGCAAGUUGACCAGUAUGUGGAUGAGAUCUUAAAAUCCACAUCCACUGAUGUGGAACAAGUGACCAUCGAGCCGGAUGGAGUCUGGCAUGACAAUAAAGCCGACAGUCAGGGAGACAAACCAGAUGGCGAAGCACGCGCUAGCGACGCCGAUGAGGACUUUAUUGAGAUAGCAGACCUGUUUACGCCCACGCCCAACUUCAAGCGAGAAGAGACAACCGACUCUGCGAACUUGCUUGCGACUCCGGUUACGCAAUCUCGCUUCAAGCCGGCAUCCAGCUUGCCCAAGUCCGGCCAGAAGAGGCCGCCGCCGCAAGUUGUUGACCUCACCGGCAGUGACGACGAAGAUGAUCAGCCCACCAGGCCUGCGAAACGACAGGCUUUCAACGACCUGUUAUCAUCUCGCCGGGGGUCUCAGAAUUCUUUUAUUAACGGCUAUGCCACCGAAGACCUCCGCUCUUCCACCGGCCAAGAAUCACUUUCUCUUUCACCAGGACGGUCAAAUAUUUACAUUGACUUGUAG